AUGGGUUUGGACCUUUAUACUAGCCUCAUCAAGUAUUCCUCGACGCAGCUGGCACAGGAAUUCGGUGACUUCCAGGCUGCUUGUUCGGACGUCAUGCCUCCUGGUGAAUACAUGUGGGGCGGAGGACAAGGCGACCUUCCGAUUCCAUUCCAAUACUGCUAUAGUAAGAAAGCUAUAGACUUCCUUUCCCCAUUUAUGCUGCAUUCCAUUAACACGUUUUCUAUUGCAGCUGAAGGAGAGAUUGAAUUCACUCAAGCCGAUGCCGAUGCAGCAAAUUGUCUUGUGAACCUUCACUACACGCAGGACGACGCGUGUAUUUCCAUAAAGGGAAGUAUGUGUGAAGAUGGAUAUGAUGGGAUGCUCCAAAAUGCGCGAAUGUCUUAUAUCUCAGGUCCUUAUCAAAUUUCAUCCGAUGAAAGUAUCUCCUUCCAAGGUGCUAUUAAUAAGAUGGUCGGCGCGAAAAUGAGGACCGACAAGACAAACGACGUCGCUCAUAUGCCCGCGGUCAGCCUUGUUUCAAAAACGAAUGGGGUUGGGAUGGUCGCAAUCUAUUUCCGCUAUAUUGGCGAGGACGAGUGUUGA